AUGGUUAGAUUGAAAAGUAGAUAUGUUUUAUUUGAAGUCAUAUAUCCUUCAAAUAAAUUAUCAUCAAAUGAAUCCUUAGAGAAUCCAAUAUUAAUUGGUCAUAAAUCUUCGCCUGAAAUUAUAUCAGGAAAAUUAAUAUUACAAGAGAUACGACGUUCUUUGCAAUUACAUCUAGGGGAUUAUGGUUAUGGGAAAGUUAAUUCUUUAUUACAGUUAAAAUAUUUUUCUAAUAAUACAUCUACUGGUAUAUUAAGAUGUCAUAGAGAAGAUGUUGAUUUAUUAUUAGUAUCAUUAUUUUAUAUUAAUAAAUUAAGUAAUAUUGAGAAUGAUAUUAAUUUCAUAAUUAACCCAGUUAAAAUUAGUGGAACAAUCAAAAAAAUCGAGCAAUAUGCAAUGAUUAGAAGUAAUAGAUUAUUAGAAUCAUUAAAGAAAAAUAAUAAUAUUAAUAAUGAUAAAUUUAAAAUUUUUCUUUCAAACGAUUUUCAAAAUGUUAAUGAAGAUAAUGAUAAUAUUGAAUAA